AUGAAUCCAACUUUUCUUAUCGUCGGUGCCACAGGCAAUACCGGCCGGAGUGUCGUCGAAACACUAUCCGAGUUUAUUCCGAACAAUGGAGAAUUUUCUAAGCAUAGAAUCAUUGCUUUGACUCGAUCAGCACAGACUCCAACAGCCCGAGCACUUGCUCAACUGCCAGCCGUGGAAGUUUGCGAGCAAAAUUGGGUCGAAAUCACAUCGGACUGGCUUAAACAGCGAAAUGUCGUGAGGGCAUUCAUUGCUCCACACCUUGAACCGACACAGUUUGCGGAAGAAUCGACCUUCCAUCUCAAUGCUCUCAAUGCCGGUGUGAAGUACGUUGUUCGCAUUUCCACAGGUGCUACCAACGUUCGCCCUGACUGCCGGACCUACUAUGGCCGACAACAUUGGGCUGUUGAGACCCUUCUAAGCUCUCGCGAAUUCGAGGAUCUACAUUGGACUUCACUUCAGCCGAAUGCCUUUGGUCCGACGUACCUCUUCAGCGCUGUACAUUACAUUAGCAGCUAUCAGCGAGGGAGUAAGCAAGAGCCGUUGAGAUUGAUGGCGUCAAAGGACGAACCUGUUGGCAUUAUUGACCCUGAUGAUAUCGGGCGUCUAGCGGCACAUCUACUGCUCGAGAAAGACACCAAGCCCUACAAUCGAGGCAAGUAUACCAUUAGUGGACCGGAAGAUAUAAGUGGCAAGCAAAUUGUCGAUAUGGUUGAGGAACGAAUUGGCACCAAAGUUGAGCAGGUUCACUACAAAGACAUGUCAUUUGUCCAGCAAAUGGCCGAGGCUUCUGUUCACUCAACCAACGUUAUUAUGUCGAUCCAAUACGCCCUUGAAACGACGUGGGAGGGAAAGUGUACAGCUUCCACCACAAGUCAGGAGGUUCUGGACCUUGCAGCACCUAAAGGCACACCUCGCCAGAUGUUCGAAGCACUUCUGUCUGCACAAAGGUCAUAG